CAAUUGGGCUGCAUUGUGUGACAUCGCCUUUGACAAGGUCACGCCUUUGACAAGCCGCGCUCUCCAGUCGUGCGAGUCACAGCUAAUGGUUCGUGCACAGUACAUACAAAUGCUCGAUGCACAUGUCUGGAUUAGCGCUUAGCUUGACGCAGAGUGUUCCAACGGUCGCGACAUCCGCGGGGCAUCUGACGCCGGGACUAAGGGUCCGCCUCCCCUUAAGAACCAUUGGGUUGCUUCUGCAUAUCUACUUCUACCACCAUGCUUCACUCGAGCCGGCUGAGGUGCCUCCCGAAGGGGUGCCUCAUUGGCCAGGCGCGGCCCUGUUGCGUUACUCGCCACGCUGUGCCACUACGGGCAGUUGCUGUGCCUCGGGCUACGACGGGGGGCUCAGCGCCAGAACAGCAUGAGAACAUGUCGCCCGGCGGUAUCCGUGUGUAUCCUCUGAGGCUGGGGAAGGGAAUACGACUUCGAUCUGCCAAAAUGGACUGGAAUGAGGCAUGCCCAACACAGAUGCCCGCCGCCACCCAGGCGUACAACGAGAAGACGCCGUAUCCCAUUGUCGACCUGUGGCUGCAUGACGGGUUAAGCGGCUGGGCCCCGGUGCAGCUGCGGCUGGUGUUCGACAGCCAAGACUGCUACGUGCUCAAGCGCCUCCGCCGCAGCGACGACGCCGACGUGCUGGGCCUGGAAGUGGAAGACAGCUUGGGACUGCUGGCGCUGCAGCCCGGCGGUCCCCUCAUGGUCAUCGCCGCCUGCAAGCCCACUGGAGAGCUCAAAGCAGGAGGAGCGCUAGGGGGCGCCGGAGGUGCCGCUGCCGGUGUGCGUGCCGCGGCGGCCGCCGCGGCGGCUGCGCGCGCCUCAACACCGCCGCCGCCGGCCUUCACAGCCGCAUACUCCAUCAGCCAGCAGCAGCAGGCAGGCGGCAGCAGUGAGGUAUUGCUGGAGGUGACCUUGCCCUCGCUGCUGACCGACAUGGGGGCCGGCGGCGGCGGCGCAGCGGGUGUGCAGGAGCCGGCAGACCAGCAGCGGAUGACGCUGUUACUCGUGCAGGUGCAGCCAGUGCCCCAAUCACGCCAGCCCGUGAACAUGCAGUCAACCCCCUGCCCCGUGACGUGGCAACGGCAGGCUGGCGGUGAUGGUGCCGGUGGCGCCGGCGGGGCCCUGCUUCGGGGCCUGCCGGCCGCCAUGCUGCCGGAGCUGCCCCCACAAGGCCGGCUCCUGGUGCUGCCGGCACAGAGCCUGGCGGUGCUGGUGGCGGCACCGACCCAGGCCACAACGGCAUUGGCGGCUGCUGGAGCCCCUGCAGUGGCUGCCAAGCCCCACCCGCCGGAGGUGUUGACCGCCGCUGCCGCCAGCAGCAGUGCCGCCAGCAGCAGCACCGCCAGCAGCAGUGCCUCGGCCAGCGGCCACAGCACUACCAGGGCCCGCGUCGCCGCCACCCCGCCACCGCUGGCCUCGCCUCCCCUGCUGGCGCUGUUCAUCGUGGGCAGCCCAGUGGAGGGCGCGGAUGCGGGUGGGCUGCUGCAGCUGGUCGCUGAGGAGCCGUUGCAGUUGGAAGCCUUGAUGCAGGCCUGGGGACUGGCGCUCGACUGCAUGAAGCAGCAGCAGCGGCGGUGGCGGCGGCAGGCAGUGGAGGUGCGCCUGCCCCAACUAGUGCCCAGCACCGCAGCUGCAUCCGGCGAGCCGUCAUUCGCCGUGCAGUGGCCGCGUGUGCCCAUGUGGCUGCUUGCUGCGGGCCCGGACGCAAGGGGUGCGGGUGACGACAGCUCGGGGCCGGUCCUGUGCUGCCAGGCUGAGGCCCUGCAAGCGCUGGGCCUGCAGCCUGGAGACCGCCUGGCCCUGCACCCGGAGGGGCCCGGCCGUGUGAUUCUGGUGGUGCCACCCAGUCGUGGCAAUGCGAGCUGCAGCCUCGCCGGCAGCAUUACCCAGCUGCCCACUGCGGCUGCCACGCACAAAUCGGGCCUGCAACUGGGCGGCAAGACCAGCAGCAUCACCUUUGACCCGCACGUCUCUGCGGUGCAGCUGCACCAGGCGAUUGCCGGUUCGCCUGGCGGAGAGGAGAGCGGAGUUGCGCAGUGGCAGAGUGGUAUCCGCGUCCUGAUGCUGCAGCCCACCAUCAGCAGCAGCAACUCGGCAGCAGCUGAUAACAUGCGGCGGCUGCAGUCGCGGGCGACGUGCUGGGUCCUGCUGGCCAAGGCGGCCCAGACGCGGCAGAGCACGGCUGCAGCCGGCAGCAGCAGCGGCAGCGGCAGCGGCAGCGGCAGCGGCAGCGGCAGCGGCAGCAGCGGCAGCGGCAGCGGCAGCGGCAGCGGCAGCAAUGGAGGCGGCAGUGGCAGCGCUAGCUGUGAGGCUGUGGCGUCGUUCCCAAGCUUACAGCCGCUACUCCUGCACGACCCGUCAGCGUCCGCACGGCUGUGCCUGGUGAAGCUGCAGCGGCCGCCGCCGAGCAGCCGUCAGCAGCCAGCGGCCGCGGGGAUUGGCGCCGCAGCCAGCAGCCGUGGUGGUGCCCGCGGUCGGGGCCUGCUUGACGACGAGGCAGCGUGGUGGAGCGUGGCUGCGGCGCGGCCUCUGGAGGCUGGCGAUCUGCUGGCGUUUGUGGGCGGACGCGUCGUGUUGGCGGCUAGCUUGCAGUCGGGACUGCUGAACGGCUUGGCGACCGGGGCGCUGCGGCCGGAGCUGCGCCAGGAGCUGCGCCGGCGCUGCCAGCCAAGAGCUGCUGCUGCUGCUGCAGAUGGGGCUGCUACGGAUGCUGAUGCUUCGGUAGAUAGCCUGGAGCUGGCGGCGGCGUUAGAGGCGGCGUGGGCGCUGCUGGGGACUGUGCACACAUGGCCUUACACCUGGUCACCGCUGCGCAACGCCGGCGGCGACAACAGCGGCAGCAGCAGCAGCAGCAGCGCCUCAGCCGCCGGCGGCACCUCCCAACUGCACCUCGUGCUCAUGUCGCCGGAUGGCUGCUACGGUGGCGGUGUGGUGGGGCUGGUCAAUGACCCUGCCUUCAGACCCGCCUGGGUGGCAGAAUUGACGACGGCGGCAGCUGGCGGUACUGGCGGCGGCGGUGUCAGCGGUGCGGAAGCCAACUGCAUGGUGGUGGGCGUGCAGUUGGCGCCGGGCGAUGCGGUGGUGCCGCUGCUGGUCGCCACCCGGCGCCUGGAGGCUGGGGAGCACCUGCUGCUGGACCGCGGCCCGGACUGGCGCGAGCAGGUGUGGCAGCUGGUCGCAGCCCUGAGGCGGAUGAGCGGUGGUGCGGCAGUGGCGAAGGUGCUGUUCGGCAGUCAUGAGAAUGAGGAUCAUCUGGCAAGUGAGGAGUAUGAGGAGGCUCGCGGCGGCGGUGCACGUUGCGGGGACAGCAGUGCUGCAGAUGCUAGCGGUGUUGGUGCUGGUGCUGCCAGUGAGGAGGGGGUGAUGGCGGAUGCGCAGCCUGCUGCAGUGGAGGUCAGGACCACUGGCGAGGUGGUCAGCGGGUCGGAAGGGUUAAUGGUGGCCUCGGUAGCGGAGCAGCAGCAGAGGCCGAGCGAGGCGCAGGCGGCGGAGGUGGAGGCCGAUGCUGAGGCAGUAGCGGCGGAGGCACCGGCUGCUGCAGACGGAGACGGCGGGCGGGUGGACGUUAAGCACGGGGGUGCAGGGCUUUGGCGGUUAUUGCGAGGUCUGACGCGGUGACAGGAAGAUAGCAAAGUAGAUAUUACGCGAGAUGGCAGGGCUCUACAUUUUGCUGCUGCGGUGAAGGAAUGAAGCGGCUAUUUGAAGGUAUAAUAGGAGUGGCAUGGCAGUGGCAGGGUGGAGGAGGUGCUUGCGUUGAAUGUGUUUGGUGGGGGCAAUGCAGGCGGGCUGAUGGGUUUGUGGGGAGGCUCUGGCUGGGUUGCCCAGCGCUGGCCGAGCAGGCUGUAAGUCGUUGCUUGCCGCACCGCGGUCACCGCUCCGUGUGUGGAUGUCAUGGAAGUUUACGAAGAGCUGAUGGCCUCAGCGUGUGGGUUACGUCUUGCAUACAGAUGCAUCGUGGCUAGUGCACGAGCGGGCAAGUCACGGCCAGUCACGUGGGGCCGUAGGGGAGAAGCUGCUGAGUAGUGCAGGUGCACGUCCAGGUCAACUUGGCCGGUGUGGGUUCUGGCCUUCUGGGCCCAACCCAACCGAGCAUGUGUGCAUAGGUGCCUGCACAGCAACCAUUAUUUCGUGACAAGCGUACGUAAGUAACGCGAAGCAAUAUCUUCAGUAGCACGCAUGCAGUUGCACACCAAGUGUAUGUCCAUGAGAUUGAAAAGACCGGAAAG